AUGGCGAACCAUUGGGGCUCAUCCAAUCGGCGUGCAACAAAUGGCAUGGGAUCGUUGAGGAGAUCGCGGCUCGCCUGGAGAGCGGCGCCAGCAUUGAGGAUCAGGUAUGGCAUGCCGGUCUCCCACUUCUUUUUGUUGUGCGCGCCCGCCAACUGUUUGUUCGUCGGCGCAGCUGCUGCGGAUGUUCACCAUGUAUCGCCAGGACAGCAACGACCAAGAUUUAUGUACCUCCACGUCUUCAAGCGGAUCGAGAAGUGCGAGAAGUGGGCGGAUGUCCGGCGCACCCUCGCCAAAGCCAAGGAGACCUACAAGCCGGACGUGCCGACGCUGGGCGCGGGUGCUUCACUGUUAGCGGCUUCCACCCAGGCCGCUGAAGUUUCCAAACUCACGCGAAAGCUGAAGCUGGCUGACGAUGAGAUUGACCGCGUUAACAAGCGGUUCGAUGAGGCGCAAGGCAGCGCGACCGAGGUCGAGGCCCUCAAGAGUGCCCUUGCCGAAGCCAAGGAGGAGGCGAAGGCGAGCAAAGCGGCCGCAGACAAAGCGACUGCGGAUUUAAAGGCCGAACAGGUCGCCCGCCGCCAGUAUGACGAGAGGGUGACCGAGGUGGAGCGAGAGCUCAAGGAUGCCGCCGACCAGUCGGGCGACGGGCACCCCGAAGGCAACAAAGGGGCCAAGAAGGGGAAACACGCCGACUCGGCUACCGCGCGAGUGCAGGAGUCCAUUGAGCAUUGCCUCGCCGACGCACAGGCCCGGGCCGCCCUGCGUGAAGAGAAGACCGAGGCGCGGUGGUCGGCGUUGAUGACGAACAACGCCGUCAAGCUCGACCUACUCCGGACUAACGUCGCCGCGAAGAAGAGGAACACCGACUUGACUUUCCUAAUGGGCGGGGCGGACAUGCUCCAGAGCAACGAAGAGCAGCUCAAGGCGUGGUACCUGGCGGAGCGCGGCCUCAUCCUGAACCAGCUGCGGUCGACGGCGCCGCCAACUCCCACGCCCACGCCGACGCCGCAGCCAAGCCCGAGCGAUAAUGCCUCCACGACGCCCAGCAGCACAGAAGCCGCACCGACGCCGCCCAGCACAGAAGCAGCUCCGACACCGCCAAGCCCGCGCACGCCGAUCCCGCCGAUGCCGGAGGCCGACCCCGCCCUUUGA